GUGGUGAUGUGAAGUCACAGUUCAGUCAUGAUGGAUGAAGGUACAAGUGAAGCUUGAACGAUGGAUGAUGGAGUGAAAGCGCUCAGCCUCAGAUAACUUCCCACUUGCUCACGCCGCAUGAAUGCCAUGGGGUUCGAUAUCGCGGUCACUGACCGAGUGAGCCCUGCGCUUGUUCCUCACGGCUUCAAAUUACGCGUGCCCCCCUGGAUCCUCCUCUUUGUUCUCGCGAUAUGUGGCUUAUCGGAAAGUAGACCUGCAGGCAGUGUCAACGGUCAAAACGGCCAAAACAAGAAUCAAUACAGGACUGGUGCAAACACAAGCAUCCGAUGUCUGAAAUGGGGAGGAUGGCUUGAGGCUUGGGAGACCCAGGGGCAACCAUGAAGAGGUGUGCAUAGAUGGAGGAUAACUUCACCCUGACAUCCAUGCAAAGUUUGAUUGUG